AUGGCCAUUGCGCAAAGGUGCCACUCCAGCAUGUCCAGCGGGGCCAGGGCGCACUGGACGCUGCCGGCGCUUCUUGUUCUGUGGACUUCUCUCUGCGGGAUCGCCUCGUCGUACCCGAUUCCCAGCAGGACUAACGCCACUUUGCUGGAGAAGAAGUGGGAGACGCUCUUCUCUCGCUCCUACCUGGGUAUAGCCGGGGGGAAAUCGGAGCUCAACUGGGAGAGUGACUAUUUGCAGGGCAUCAAGAGAGUGCGGCGGCUCUACUGCAACGUGGGCAUUGGGUUUCACCUGCAGGUGCUCCCGGACGGCAGGAUAAGCGGUGUGCACAGUGAGAACCAAUACAGUCUGAUAGAAAUCUCCACCGUGGACCGAGGAGUCAUCAGCAUGUUCGGAGUGAGGAGUCAGCUGUUUGUCGCAAUGAACAGCAGAGGAAGGUUAUACGGAACGAGAGUCUUCGUGGACGAGUGCAAGUUCAAGGAGACUCUGCUGCCCAACAACUACAACGCCUACGAGUCUUUCGUUUACAAGGGCUUCUACGUGGCCCUCAGCAAGCAUGGCCGCGUGAAGAGGGGCAACAGGGCCACCACCGCCUCGACCGUCACACACUUCCUCCCGCGGCUAUGA